AAAUGUCAUCCCCGUGUCUCAAAACGAAAACAACCCCCUAAGGUUUUGCGUCUUCCAGGAAAGUGCAGUGGAGACCUGGCUUGGGCCAAAGUAGGCGAGCGGGACCUUUCCGGGGCUCCGAGGACCCGUCAGCAGGUGCUGCGGUACCGGGAUCCGCGCGCAAGGAGGUGCCCGCACCGACUCGGGCGGGGGUGCUCCUGGAGGUGACAGGAGGAAGCGGGAGGUGGAGGGUGGAGAGGAGGUCCCGCCCCCACCUCGCUCUCCUUUACGGGAAGUGAUGUGGGGCCAGACGGAAAAUACCCGCCAAGGACCCAAAAAAGGCCAGUAGCGGGUGGCAGCGGCGCGCGCAGAGGCAGAACGGCGUGGGGACGGCGGGGACAGCGGGCCCAGCCAGAUUGUCCAGAGAUCAUUUGAACACCUGUCUGAGGAGAACACCUGCAUUCUGGAAGUUAGUGCGGAGACAAAAAGUAACCUUUUUGAAGAGGACAUGUGAUUGCAACUUGUCUAAUUGUUGAAGUGUUGGGAACUCCGGUUUCUAAAGUCUUAGAAACUAACAACCAACAGUUCCUACUUUGUCAAGGUAAAACACUGAGUUCUUCAUUAUGUCUGAUGGAGACUAUGAUUACCUCAUCAAGUUUUUAGCUUUGGGAGACUCUGGAGUGGGGAAGACCAGUGUACUUUACCAGUACACAGAUGGUAAAUUUAACUCCAAAUUUAUCACAACAGUGGGCAUUGAUUUCAGGGAAAAGAGAGUGGUGUACAGAGCUAAUGGGCCAGAUGGAGCCGUUGGUAGAGGCCAGAGAAUCCACUUGCAGUUAUGGGACACGGCAGGGCAGGAGAGGUUUCGGAGCUUGACAACAGCCUUCUUCAGAGAUGCUAUGGGGUUUCUCCUGCUUUUUGAUCUGACAAAUGAACAAAGUUUCCUCAAUGUCAGAAACUGGAUAAGCCAGCUACAAAUGCAUGCAUAUUGUGAAAACCCAGACAUAGUGUUAUGUGGGAAUAAGAGUGACCUGGAAGAACAGAGAGUAGUGAAAGAGGAGGAAGCCAGAGGACUUGCAGAGAAAUACGGAAUCCCCUACUUUGAAACUAGUGCUGCCAAUGGGACAAACAUAAGCGAAGCCAUUGAGGUGCUCCUGGAUCUGAUAAUGAAGCGAAUGGAACGGUGUGUGGACAAGUCCUGGAUUCCUGAAGGAGUGGUGCGAUCCAAUGGUCACACCUCUACAGAUCAGCUAAGCAAAGGAAAAGAGAAGGGGACAUGUGGCUGUUGAAAAGUCAAGUGAGCUGCACAAUAAUUCAGGUGGCCACGUCUGUAAUAUUCUCAAUGGGUGAUACAUCGGACAGAGAGAGAUUAAUGGGCAUUGUGUAUAAACGGCUGCUUACCAUCCCAAUUCGACCUAUCGACGAAGUCUCCAGUUUUAAAGUUAACUUGCUGCAGCUUUGUAAAUAUGUCUUUAAGAUUUAGCCUGAGAGUUAAGAGAAAUGUUACACAUAGCCAAAAGUGCCUUAUAAAACCUUAGCCCAUGGCGGUAGAUCAUCUAAGGAUUCAGGAUUUUGUAGCCCGAGAAGAGUGAAUUUUUAUGAAGAAUGACAGGAGAUACUAUCACCUGCCUUAACGUAGAUAGGUCCAGUGUCUCAUGUUCAAGAUCUUAGAUGCAGUUAUAAAACUGUCAGUCUUUAAUUCAAAUUUAAAAAUCCUGCUUGUAGUAGAUGACCUUGUAAAAGGCCAUCUAAACCACUUGAAUAUUGAACAAGAAUAUACACAAACAUCAGCCCAGUGUCCUCAAGUAUUCAUUUAUGGAUGCAUUCUCUUUAAAAUGAAUAGUGGACACAUUAUGGCCAUAUCUAUAGAUCCCGAUUAAACUGGAUUGACCAAUUAUAUACUCACUGUGACUCUUGUUGGUAGGAAAGGGAUUGGGGCUGAGGGUAGGGAUGGCUUAAUGUAGCAUGAGCAACUGAAGUGGGGCUUCUGGCUCCCUGCUGUAUUGCCACUGCUCUGAAGGUUUGAUCAAAGGGUCAGGGAACUAGAUUUCUAUGGCUUUAGUUCACUGUGAUCUGUGCAUUUACACUUGGCCUACUUGCUGGCCAUAUCUGAACAUAGCUGGUGCUUAUGCUGAAGUUAUUUGUAGUAAGUAAAUAUUUAGCUUCUUUUUCUUCCUAUUUAUAGCAUUGGUCUGGCAUCCUUAGACUGCGGUUUCAAUUAGCAUGUGGACUAAUCUCUCUUCACCAUCUGUAUCAUUGAUAUUUACAACUUGUGUUAUUUCUAUAUUGGUGGAAUUGAAGGAAUUAGUUUUUAAUUAUGUAAAAUGUCUGUUUGCUAGUUGGUGGGAGAUAGAUGUUUGUAUUUAAGCAGUCACAUUUGUACUUUAGCUCAAUACAAGAAAAAUGAAAUGUUCUAUAAUACGUAUUUUUCAUUGAGACCAUGGGCAUUUGCUGUCCUUGCUGGCUCUUGCCAAGGUCAUGUAUUCUUGACCAAAGUGUCUUCAUACCAAAUGAAAGUUGGUUUUACAAUAUGCUUCAUCAUUGUUUAUUAAGAUCAAAGGGGGAAAUUCUUGUUUAUUUAAGUGGUUUAAAUAGAUUAAAUUUUCCAAAGAGCUUAAUGGCUGUUUAGGAAGAAAUCAUUAUAAUGUAAAUAAAGCAUAAAAAUAUUAAUAAAUGUAUUUUAUGGUGGCAAAUGUUUGGCAGAGCUGUAAUUAGAAAAAUACAACUAUGACAGAGAGUAAUUGCUUUUACAUGAUUAUUUUCAAAUGGCUUUUUAUUGAGCCCUUAGCCUGUUUUUUUGCCACUGCCCUCCACAACUCACUUAAAAAAUUUAGCUGUGGUUUCUAGCCUUGAAAACGAGACUUCUUUUUAAUGCUAAAGAGGUCAUUGAAUCCUAUUCACUUGAACUGUAUAUUUUAGUCAGAAAAAGAUUCAGACAUUUCAAGGGCAGAGUCAUAAUUACAAGAAGUGCCUUCUAAAGUUGCCAUAAGACUUCAGUGGAGUAAAUCAUAAUUUUACAGCUACAUAUCAGGGAACAUUUUAUAUGGUCUAUUCGUGUAGUGAAAAAGAAGACAAUAUUUGUAUGUUUUAGUUUUUCAAGAACCAAAUGAGCAAUUAGCUGCAGAUUUCAUUGGUCUUGUCGGUAAUAUACAAUUAAACGUGUAUACAUGGUAUAGUGCAUAUACAAGAACCACCUUUAAUUAUUGAAACGAAUAAUGUGUAUUCCCCUUGGAAUCCUUUGUUUAAUUUUAUUACUGAAGUACCAUAUUUUUGUGCAUCAAUGUAUUUUUCUAUUUACAAGCUUGUGUAAAAGUAAAACGUACCUUCAGUGAACUGUGUGCCAAUUAAGCUUAUAAUAAAAUAGUGGUCUAGUCUGUCAA